AUCCUUUUCCAGUUGACACGAUCCACGAAAAUUACGUCCGUAAUGUGAGAAACUGCAUUUUUUCAAUUGUCUAUCCUACACCUUUUAAAUCUAGAGUUCGUCUUGUAGCUGUUUCAAAGGAAGUUCUUGAAAAUAUUUUGGAUCUUGAUAUAUCUGUCAAAGGAACAUCUGACUUUCUUCAGUUCGUCAGUGGUGGGAAAGUGAUGGUUGGGUCUGUUCCAUUGGCCCAUAGGUAUGGGGGUCAUCAGUUUGGUAGCUGGGCAGGUCAGCUGGGUGAUGGAAGAGCUCACUUGAUCGGAGUAUAUACAAACAGGCAUGGUGAGAAGUGGGAACUACAGUUAAAGGGGUCAGGAAAGACCCCAUACUCCAGGAAUGGCGAUGGAAGGGCUGUGCUUCGCUCUUCUGUGCGAGAAUUUUUGUGUAGUGAGGCCAUGCACUAUCUUGGAAUUCCUACAAGCAGAGCUGCUAGCUUAAUUGUAAGUGAUGAUGAUGUGUGGAGAGACCAGUUUUACAAUGGAAAUAUUAAGAAAGAAAGAGGUGCAAUAGUGCUACGUCUUGCCAAAUCGUGGUUUCGUAUAGGAUCCUUAGAAAUCUUAGCUCAUUCUGGGGAACUGGACUUACAAAGAAGAUUGCUUGACUUUAUCAUCCAGGAACAUUUUCCAUCAGUAGCCCUGAAUGAUUCAAAUAGAUAUCUGGAUUUUUUCUCUACAGUCGUAUCAGAGACAGCAAAUUUGAUUGCAUUGUGGAUGUCUGUGGGGUUUGCACAUGGUGUGUGCAAUACAGAUAACUUCAGUUUAUUAUCCAUAACAAUAGAUUAUGGUCCAUUUGGAUUUAUGGACUCCUAUGACCCAAAUUUUGUUCCAAACACAUCUGAUGAUGAAGGGAGGUAUAAAAUAGGAAACCAGGCAAAUGUUGGGCUGUUUAAUCUGAGCAAGCUGUUACAAGCUCUAAAACCUUUAUUGGAUCCCAGGCAAAAGCAGCUAGCUUCCCAGAUUUUGGAGGGGUAUGGUGAGCGCUAUUACAUGCGUUUCACAGAACUAUUCAAAACAAAAUUGGGUCUUCUUGGGGAGAAUGAGGAUGAUAACUAUUUGAUUGCUUUCCUCCUAAAACUUAUGGAAGAUACAAAGGCUGAUUUUACAAUGACAUUUCGACAGCUCAGUGAAAUUACUGCAGACCAGUUAAAGGAACUCCAUAUUCCUGAGGAGUUCUGGGCUCUCCAGGAUCUGGGUAAACACAAGUUAUUUUCAAAAUGGAUUGCUAUGUACCUCUUGAGAUUAAAUCAUAAUGAGGGUGAUUCAGACACGCGGAGAAGAACAAGAAUGACAACUGUUAAUCCUAGAUACAUACUUAGGAAUUGGAUGGCAGAAUCAGCAGUGCAAAAAGCUAAUUUUAAUGAUUUCUCGGAGGUUCAUCUCCUGCAGCAGAUUUUACAACAUCCCUUCCAGAGACAGCAGGCUGCAGAGAAAGCAGGCUACUCCCUGCGUCCCCCAGCUUGGUCCAAGGAUCUUAAAGUAAGCUGCUCAUCCUGA